AUGGGUGGUGCAGUUUAUAGAAUAUUUGGGAAACAGGUCCAAUCGCAUUAUUUAGCUAUUGGGACCUUAGGGAGUUUAGCAGCAGUUGGUGUUGCAAUGAGUGUUGGUAAAAAAACAGAUACCAAACCAAUGGCCAACACUAGUGAUUCGAACUCGAGUAAUGGUGAUAUCGAUGUAGAGGCAAUGAUUUCAAAGUAUUUGAAAGAUGAGGAUAAAGAGUGA